GCAGAGGAUGCAAUAGAUGAUGUGUGUGGAGGUGCAGUACAAAGAAAACUAUGAUGAUGAAGUCACUAUUACUGUGGAAAAGGAGCAGUUUAUGGAUGAAUUCUUCCAUCAGGUUGAGGACAUCCGAGGAUGCAUUGACCAAAUUGCGGAAAAUGUGGAAGAGGUGAAGAAGAAACACAGCGUCAUCCUAUCCGCACCGAACCCCGAAGGGAAAACCAAAGAAGAACUUGAAGAACUUACACUGUCAAUUAAGAGAAUUGCAAACCGAGUCCGAAAUAAGCUGAAGAUUAUAGAACAAAGCAUCAAAACAGAAGACAAUGAAAACCAAAGUUCAGUAGAUUUAAGGAUACGCAAAACUCAGCACUCAACUCUAUCCCGAAAAUUUGCAAAUGUGAUGACUGAGUACAACGAGAUUCAAAUCCUGUUCAGGGAACGCAGCAAAGGCCGAAUUCAGCGGCAGCUCGAGAUCACUGGAAGAACAACCACCGAUGAUGAACUGGAAGAGAUGCUGGAGAGUGGUAACCCAUCUAUUUUUACAUCUGAUAUUAUAUCAGACACCCAGAUCACCAGGCAAGCUCUUAAUGAGAUUGAAUCGCGGCACAAAGACAUCAUCAAACUGGAAGCAAGCAUACGAGAGUUGCACGAUAUGUUUGUGGACAUGGCCAUGUUAGUGGAACAGCAGGGUGAAAUGAUUAAUAACAUAGAGACAAAUGUGGUAAAUGCUACUGAAUAUAUUGAGCGGGCGAAAGAAGAGACAAAAAAAGCAGUUCGAUACCAGAGCAAAGCAAGGCGGGUGAGUUUACUGUUGCAUAGCUUCCAAAUUGCCAUUCACAGCAUGAAACUAACUAACAAGCUGGCCAUUCAGCCCCUUGUGCUAGUGUUGGCUCUUAGAAUGAACGUUUGUGUUUAGUCCCAUUUUCUUGCC